AGUUUCUUUGCUUAAGAUAUGAAGAUAUGUGUCAAUUCUGACCUUAUGCUAAAUUACUUGGUCAUGUGAAAAUUCUUAUGGUUAAAACUAUCCAUUUCCUAUAUAAGUAGGUCAUUCAAGGUCGUUGCCUAUUUUUGGUGACCUAAACGUCUGAAGGUGCAAGUCAUAAAGAUAAGUGCGUGUUACUGUAAUUCUAUACUGUAAGUAUGGAUUUUAACCAAAGUGUGAAGAAAGACGAUCAUGUUCUGUUGUUGUGGGGCAGCAGUAAUUCCCCAGCCACACUGCAAGAAGCAGUGACACAGCUACAGGAUGUGGUGGGCCAAGGAGGCAAGGUCCAGGUGGAACAUACAGAAAGGUUGAUGUUGUCCAAUCACCCAGCAUCCACAUUUGACACGGUAUUGUCUGGUGCUGUCAGUCCUGUUGCCUAUGUCCACAGUGCUGAAGUCACAUCAGAAAUAGCCAAAAUUUUAAAACCAAAUGGAACAUUUGUGUUGAGAGAACCAUUGACAAACACAGAAAAUUCCUCAAAGCUUCGGACACCAAAGAAACUGAUGUCGGCUUUAAAAUUGGCAGGAUUUGUAAAUAUUUCAGAGCCAGAAGUGGUCAGUCUAACAGAUGAUGACAAGUCCCAGUUAAACUCUCUCCUUGGUGCUGGUGACGUCUGUCUGGUUCAAAUACAGGGGUCUAAGCCCGCCUAUGAAGUGGGUGCAGCCUCCCAACUCAAACUAUCUUUUGCUAAAAAAACAGAGAAGCCCAAGGUGGACCCCAGUGCUGCCAAAGUGUGGACGUUAUCAGCUAAUGACAUGUUAGAUGGUGACAUAGAACUGGUAGAUGAUGAUGACCUGCUAGAUGAAGAUGAUCUUAAAAAGCCUGAUGCAGAUUCUCUUAAAGCCUGUGGUCCCGCUAGGAAGAAGGCUUGUAAGAACUGCACCUGUGGCUUAGCUGAAGAACUGGCAGAGGGUGGACCAGAGCAGAAAGCUCCAAAACAGAAAGCUGCUACCUCAGCUUGUGGAAGUUGUUAUCUUGGAGAUGCCUUCAGGUGUGCCAGCUGCCCCUAUCUUGGGAUGCCAGCUUUUAAACCAGGAGAAAAGAUUGAACUAUCAAACAGGCAAUUGAAGGCUGAUGCUUGAUCUUUAACUAACCGCCACUGAAUGAGAUAUGAGAACAGUGCCCCGUAUCUCGAAAGCAUCGCGUAUUGCGAAUAGUGAUAUCACAUAGAUGCUACAAUGUAUUAUAUAGGGCGAGUAUGGGAGAGUUAUGGAAUCCAGACGCUUGCGCUCGGUCGUAAUGUGCGAUGCUUUCAAGUUACAGGCCCCUGGAAGUGCAGGGCUUUCUGCUAUUGCAGCUCUCAUAUCAUUGUCUCAUUUGAACUAAAAACCAUAAAAAAGGAAUGAGUAUGACACACAUUACUGUAUUUUCUGCCAUUGCUGCUCUUGUGUUAUUAACUCUUUUUAACUAAAAAUGACUGCCACUUCUGAAAGCAGUGGCCAAUGAAAGCAAAGCGUUCCAUACUUAAUUUCAUUGUUAUAUAUCAUUUGAUAAUAAGUGCUAUUUAUAUGACAGUUUUUCAAGCUUAAGUUGUAGCCAUUACAACACGGCGGUAGCUAUGAGAGGAAUAAAAGAGAGAGUGCUGGAUAUUUAUGUUU